CCAAGAUCGCGCCUCUCAUCAUCACCCUCGGCCCUACGGUUUCAAAUCUCUCCUUACCGUCGCUCCGCACACAUCAUAACUUGGAGCUAGACGAGAAGCCCGUAUUUUUAAUAAUAUAGCUCUUGCUAAACCUGGCGAUGAAUGGAGGUAGAAGGCCGCCUCCGAAGCCGGCUGCUGGCUUCCCAACGAUCUAGGGUCAGUCACGGAGAGGGCGAUGGCUUCCCUACAAUCGUUGAAAGACGACCCGUUGGACGGUUGUCCCGAAGUUGCAAGGGUGACAGAUCGCGCUCGCAAAGUUUCAUGGCGUAUUGGAAAUGGUUUUCCUCCAGUUGGGAUGCUUGCGCAGUUCAUUUUACUGACCCGUUGUCUAUGUAGGUACGCUUCCGAAGUUCUUAAGAUAAACCCAGACAGCGUUUGGCUAGAUUUGUGCCGCAACAGCGACGAGGCAAAGGACUACUGCCGAGUAUUCCUCCGUAGCUAUGUUGUAGAGUCGGUACGACCAUUCCCGAUCCUCGGAUCACAAGAAUACGAAUUGAGACGUACCAUGACUACGGCAUCCGCUGUGUUGCAACGCUGGAGGGACAUUACUGCUGAAGCAGACCGCACUGUGCUCUUAGAGAAGAGACGUAAAGAGAAGAGAUGUGAAGAGAAAGGGCCUCUGUGGCGGCUGAAGUUCGUAGAUCAUGCAAACAAGAGGGGCCAGGGACCUAUCUACGAGAUCUCUAACUGGAUCUUUAAGCACCUCGCAAAAGAGUUUGAUCUUGCGACUACUCUAACCUUCGACAAGGUUGAGGUGACUGAUGAGGACAUUGCCGUCCUCCUGACCACGCUGUGGGAGCGUGCAGCCGAUGUACCCUGCAAGCCCCGCGUCCGUGUUUCCAUUCACGGUAUUUUCUUGCUAGCCGGCAUUGGUGGUUUUAGAAAAUCAACUAUAUUACGCGUUGCCUAUAAAGACGUCGCUCUUGUCGUCGUACGGGACCCAGACGACUCAUCGAAGACAAUGCUUAUCGUUAGGCCCACAAUUCCAAAGAACAAGCAAAAGCGGGCCUCUAUGGAGGCCUCUAGGGCGGAAAAGAUAUCCUUUUCUCUGACUCUCGUUCCGUAUCCGCUCAUUUGCCUCGCUAGCCUUGUCGGUGCAUUUGCGGUUAAGGACAAUGCAUUUAAGACUGGCUUUCGGUCCGUCGAAGCGCUACUCUAUCAACUGAAUCUUGAGGAUGUAGACUUCGUGCCAUUGCAAUGGAAAGAAGAGAUGCUCGACCGCCCCAUCUUCGAAGUUGACCAUAACACACUUCACGAUCUGUGGCAUCGAUUAUGGCUCGUCAGUGGUUCCCGGGGGGAUCCGCGCUUCCACGCGAUGCGGGUGGCGCUGGAGGCGCACUUGAUGGUAAGCCAGAACGACACUGAAUGCAUACAACAUGAAAGCGCCCUCUAGCCCCUUUUCUCCUCCCACCUCUCCCUCGGUUCUAAGGAGCCCCGAGGUUGCUGAAGUUCGUUCUUGUCCUCGAUAGGCUCUCUCACCCCUGCCGUGCGCAACUAUGUCCUAUCCAAC